UGUGGUUCCCGCCAAUUCUUGCAGAAUCCUGCCGGGCCUGAGUAGCGCGCGCCAUGGAGGCGUUUGACCCAGCCGAUUUGCCCGAGCUGCUUAAGCUUUAUUACCGGAGGCUCUUUCCCUACGCCCAGUACUACCGCUGGCUCAACUAUGGCGGAGUGAUAAAGAAUUACUUUCAACACCGUGAAUUUUCAUUCACGUUGAAAGAUGACAUUUACAUUCGCUACCAAUCCUUCAACAACCAGAGUGAUCUGGAAAAGGAGAUGCAGAAAAUGAAUCCAUACAAGAUUGAUAUAGGAGCGGUAUAUUCCCACAGACCCAAUCAACAUAAUACAGUGAAGCUGGGAGCUUUCCAGGCUCAGGAAAAAGAACUGGUGUUUGACAUCGACAUGACAGACUAUGAUGAUGUGAGGAGAUGCUGUAGUUCUGCAGACAUAUGUUCUAAGUGCUGGACCCUCAUGACAAUGGCCAUACGCAUCAUCGACCGAGCAUUGAAGGAGGACUUUGGAUUUAAGCAUCGCCUCUGGGUAUAUUCUGGAAGAAGAGGUGUUCAUUGUUGGGUCUGUGAUGACUCGGUUAGAAAACUGUCCUCCGCAGUGCGGUCUGGGAUAGUUGAGUAUUUGAGUCUUGUAAAGGGUGGUCAAGAUGUUAAAAAGAAAGUUCACCUAAGUGAAAAAAUUCACCCCUUUGUCAGAAAAUCUAUAAACAUAAUAAGUAAAUACUUUGAAGAAUAUGCCUUGGUUGAUCAAGAUAUUCUUGGAAGUAAAGAAAGCUGUGAUAAGAUUUUAGCUCUUAUUCCUGACACAAUGCAUGAUGGCCUUCAAGAAAUCUUCCAAAAGCCUCACAGUUCACUUCAGCGUUGGGAGCAUUUGAAGAAAAAGGCCAUAUAUCCGAAUGACAGAAGUGGACAGUUGCUUGUGUGGGAGAUCAUGCUCCAGUACUGUUUUCCACGGCUGGAUAUCAAUGUUAGCAAAGGAAUCAAUCAUUUGCUGAAGAGCCCUUUUAGUGUUCAUCCUAAAACAGGUCGAAUUUCAGUGCCUAUUGAUUUACAGAAAGUGGAUCAGUUUGAUCCGUUUACUGUUCCAACCAUAAGCUCCAUCUGCCAUGAAUUAGAUGCUAUUUCCACUAAUGAAGAAGAAAAAGAGGAGAACAAAGCUGAAUCUGAUAACAAACAUAGAACCAGAGAUUAUAAGAAGACCAGUCUAGGCCCUUAUGUAAAAGUUUUUGAAAAGUUUCUUGAAAACCUGGAUAAAUCCCGAAAAGGAGAACUUCUCAAGAAGAGUGAUUUACAAAAAGACUUCUGAAGAUAACAACUCCCCUCUAACUAAUGUGGAUAACUUCUAUCUUCAACCAAGAAUCAAACACUUGAAGAGUCAUGAAAUAAAUAUGGCAGAACCUUG